GCCAGAUUAUUGGUGUGCGGGCGGUCAGGCGGAGUGGUGCGCAAUUAUCAAACACCUGUAAUUAGGCCCGAGACGGGGAUUAUCUGUGACAAAUUUCCGGCGAUAUCUGGUGAGAAGAUGCUCACGGAUCUCAACAUCGGCAGAGGCGAUAUCUACAGCCACACCCAGGGCCUGGACAAAGCCAUGGAGCACCCGUCUCUGCGCGGCACUCCUCUGGCAAUGCUGGCCGCUCAGUGCAACAAGCUCACCAGCCGGUCGCCGCCGCCGCUCGCCGACGCCGCCAUCGGAAAGGGAUUCACGCCGUGGCGUAAGGGUGGCGGGGGAGGCGGAGGAGGGGGAGGCGGCGGUGGCGGAGGGGGAGGAGUAGGAACAGGCCCCGUCCAUUCGGCGCACUCUCGUCAAGCCAGCUCGGGCGGCGCGCUCCCUUACCAGCGCUCGAACGUCGCGGCGGCGCCCGCCUCCCUCGGCACCUACAACGGCGGCGAGUACUUCUGCGCGCCGGGCGCCGACGCCGGCCUGAAGGGCGACUCGGUGGGUGCCCACCACCUCUCCAUGUACGGCCGCGUGCCGUCGGUGACCGGCUACGAGCAGUGGCCGUUCGCCGCCGCCGGGCCGGCCGGAGGCGGCGUCAAGACCGAGAUGGCCGCCGCCAACUCGUGGUGGGACAUGCACCAGCAGGCGGCCGCCGCGCAGGCCAACUGGCUGGAGAUGUCCAACGCCGCCGCCGGCCAGUUCGGCGGCAUGACGCAGAUGACGUACCCGGUGACGUCCGACUACUCGUCGCUGGGGCUCGGCUCGAACGCCCACCUGCUCGCCGCCUCCUCCGGACAGCACCUGCUCUCCGACUCGUACAAGUCGAUGCUGCCCGGCCAGACCAUGUCCUCCGGGGUGGGCUCGCCGUUCGGGGUCGGCCUCAGCUCUGUGGGCUCCUCGCGCUCUCAGAGGCGCUACACGGGCCGGGCCACAUGUGACUGUCCGAACUGUGCGGAAGCCGAGCGGCUCGGCCCGGCAGCGGCGCUGCAGCUGCGCAAGAAGAGCGUCCACUCGUGCCACAUCCCCGGCUGCGGCAAGGUCUACAACAAGACGUCUCACCUGAAGGCCCACCUGCGCUGGCACACCGGUGAGCGGCCGUUCGUCUGCAACUGGCUCUUCUGCGGGAAGAGGUUCACGCGCUCGGACGAGCUACAGCGUCACCUGCGCACCCACACCGGCGAGAAGCGCUUCGCGUGUCCCGUGUGCAGUAAGCGCUUCAUGAGGUCAGACCACCUGGCCAAGCACUCCAAGACGCACGCGGAGGGCAGUGUCGGGGGCGGGAAGCGGGGCUCGGGCUCGGACUCGGAGUCGCAGAGCGAGGGACACAGCGUGCACUCGCCGGCGUCACUAUCAAACGGAGCAGCGACGGAGGACAGCAAACUGGGAUAACAUGGGAAACAGCAAUACAUACAGCCAGCGGCACCGAACGAGUGCCGUGUUGCAGCUACUUCAAAUUAUUCAAAAGGUGUGUCUAAAACGCUUUUCAACGAAUCGUAAGUGCAUUUGCAUGCCUCCGUUAUCUAAUUUCUUAGUAACCUUUUCCUUCACUUGUCAUUUUACCAUUGCAUGGUAGUUCAACACUGCAACGUAGUAUUCAUACCUGGGAGAGCAGCCUUCGGGAGCGACAUGUUCUGGUGCCAAAAGUUGUGCGUUACUGCGUUACUGCCCUUGCAUUUUGGUGGCAGUCAUUGAACUACGAUGUCCAGUCAGGUUAACUGUGAUCGUUCGGCGAACUGCCGGACCCGUGACCCUGACGCUCCUCAGGGGCGGGUUGCCUGCAGGGUUGGGUACUAGCGCCUCCGUCAUUUGUGU